UAACUUGCAGCUGGUAGGGCAAGGUCCGUGUGGGCAGACCUUUUCACCCCCAGCUUGUCAAGGUCUCCCAGAAGCUCUCUGGACAGUCUGUCCAGAGUUUAACCUGCAAGAGCACAGCCAUGGUGCCCUGGGGUCCGGUGCUGGGAGCCCUGUUGGUGGUCAUCGUCGGGUACCUGUGCCUGCUGGGGCUUCUCCGGCAGCGCAGACCCCAGGAGCCCCCUCUGGACAAGGGCCCUGUGCCCUGGUUGGGCCACGCCAUGGCGUUCCGGAAGAAUAUGCCUGAAUUCCUGAAGCAGAUGCGGGCCAAGCACGGGGAUGUGUUCACCGUGCAGCUAGGGGGCCAGUACUUCACCUUUGUCAUGGACCCCCUCUCCUUCGGCCCCAUCCUCAAGGAUGUGAAGAGAAAACUAGACUUCGUGGAGUAUGCGGAAAAGCUGGUGCUAAAGGUGUUUGGAUACCAGUCGGUACCGGGCGACCACCGGAUGAUCCACUCAGCCAGCACCAAGCACCUCAUGGGCAACGGCUUGGAGGAUCUCAACAAGACCAUGCGGGACAGCCUGUCCUUGGUGAUCCUGGGCCCCGCGGGCCCGAGCCCGGAUGCCAGCAGCUGGCAUGAGGAUGGCCUCUUUCACUUCUGCUACAACGUCUUGUUCAAGGCCGGCUACCUGAGCUUGUUUGGCUACACGAAGGACACGGAGCAGGACCUGCUCCAGGCGGAGGAGUUGUUCACGCAGUUCCGUAAGUUCGAUCGCCUGUUCCCCAGGUUUGUUUACUCCUUGCUGGGGCCCCGGGAGUGGCUGGAAGUGGGCCGGCUCCAGCGCCUCUUCCACAAGACCCUCUCUGUGAAAGAAAACCUGGAGAAGGAUGGCGUCAGCAACUGGAUAGCCUACAUGCUGCAGUUCCUGAGGGAGCAGGGGGUAGCCCCGGCCAUGCAGGACAAGUUCAACUUCAUGAUGCUGUGGGCCUCCCAGGGGAACACGGGGCCCACCUCUUUCUGGGCCCUCUUGUUCCUCCUGAAGCACCCAGAAGCCAUGCAGGCUUUGAGAAAGGAGGCUGCCCAGGUCCUGGGGGAGGCCGGGCAGUCUUUCACCUUCGACGUCAGUGCCCUGCAACGCACCCCAGUGCUGGACAGCGUGAUGGAGGAGACCCUGCGGCUGGGGGCAGCGCCCACCCUGCUCAGGGUGGUGCACGAUGACCACGUCCUGAAGAUGGCCAGCGGGGAGGAGUACCGGCUCCGCAGCGGAGACAUCGUGGCCCUCUUCCCUUACCUCUCGGUGCACAUGGACCCUGACAUCCACCCCGAGCCCGCCGCCUUCAAGUACGACCGCUUCCUCAACCCCGACGGCACCCGCAAGGUGGACUUCUACAAGGCGGGCAAGAAGAUCCACCACUACACCAUGCCCUGGGGCUCGGGCGUCUCCAUGUGUCCCGGCAGGUUCUUGGCCCUGAGCGAGAUGAAGCUCUUUGUCCUGCUCAUGAUCACACACUUCGACCUGGAGCUGGUGGACCCCGAUGCGCCUGUGCCGCCCGUGGACCCCCAGCGCUGGGGCUUCGGCACCACGCAGCCCAGCCAUGACGUGCGCUUCCGGUACCGCCUGCGGUCCCCUGAGUGAGCUCUGCCAAGGGGGCCGCAAGCCUGGCCAGAGGGGUUCCCUGGGGGUCUUCGCCUCCUCUCGCCCCUCUGCAGCCAAGACCCCCACCGACUACUGCUCCCUGCGGCUCUGUGGCACCCCUACCUCUGUCCUGGUGGUCCUCCUUGCUCUCGUCUCCUUCUAGUCACCUCACAGGCUUACCACUCUCUCUCUAAAGCCCCCUCAGUGGGUUCUGCAGGCCCCCGUCACAGGAAGUCCAGAGGAAGGGAUUGGGAGAUAACACAGGCCUCCACCAGUCCUGCGGGAUAGAAGCUGGUCCCCACGAGGAGCUCAGCAUCUUGCCAAUAUGACCCCCACCCCCUCCCCUUAAUUUUCCCCCUCAAUACUAUUCCAUGUCUUCUGGAAUUCGCAUUCUAGAACCGUGUUGU